UUGUGCUUUGUUUAUUUAAAGAUCAAGGGUUGCCACGGAUAUUGCACUGUUAUUUAAAUUUGCCAUGAAUGAUUCAUUAUGCCACUGUGCGUAGGAAGAAGGACAUCAUUAGUUUAUUGUGUUGUGCUGACGAUUUUGCAAGCUUUAAAGGGUCAAUCGAGCGGCUUCAAUUUCGAAUCUCCGACAGAUCAGAAGAAGUGUUUCAGAACGUCGAGUUACAAAGAGUAAUCAUGAUGUUCUGAGAAGUGAUUGUGAUGAGCCUGUCGAGCAGGCGAUUAAGGUACUGAAUUUCAACAAACUGCCAACCAGGAAGAAGAACAGGACUCUAGCUAAAUAAUUUGGUUCUAAAAUGGGUUGUGCACCAUCAUCGCAAAAUUUUCAAAUGAAUGAGAAUGAGACUCGCCUUCUGCAAGAGAUAGAUCGCUUACGAGACAAGGAGCAGUCACAACAACUAGAAAUCAGUCAGUUAAGGGCAGAGAAUGACAAACUACGACAAGGCCCUGUGCUGAAUGGUGGAUAUGAAAGUAUGGAUGCAAUUUACAGAGAUACAGCUGACGAUGAAAGUCAUGACAUUCUUGUGAAGGAGNUUGAGAGAUUGAAGCUGGAGCAGAGUGACAAAGACAGAGAAAUCAGUGAACUGAGGGAGCAUAAUGAACAGUUGAAUUUGUCAUUACAGAACACACCUCAAGUGCAGGCUUUCAGUCCAGCUCCAACACAAGCUUCACCGCAGAAAGCCCGCAAUUUACCCAAAGUUGGAGAUCCGGUUCUAGCCAUGUGGGAGUCAACUCCAUGGCAGUAUUUCACGGCCACCAUAGUCUCGUUUAACUCCAACGCACUGAAGUACACCAUCAACUGGGAUGACCAAGAUCCAACUGGGCGUGUAGUUGAUUACUUUAAUUUGGCACUGGAUCGAGUGCCAGAGCCAGACGAGAUUGCCAUUGGUUCCAUUGUGCUGUUCCCUCAGGGGAAGUACAGGGGACAAGAAGGCGUACGGCUGGGUGGUCUGCGAUAUCAUCAGGGACGAAUAACUCAUGUCUACGAUGGCAGCAGAGGCCAGAAACUUUAUGAUGGCAUACACACUAAGGGAGAGAGCGACAGCAAAUGGGUGACAUAUUCAGGCUACAAUUUAUACUUUCGUGAAAUGGAGAUUUCUCAGUUGCGCAUCUCUCCCAAUGUGCUGGACAUUCUGUCUGCUCAGGAUCCUGAGCCAGCCAGUCAGCAAAGUAGCUUUGUAGAUGGUGGGAUAAGUCCAUGCGAUAUAUUCAUCUCAUACUCAAAGGUCAACAGCCCUUCGGCCAUUCGGAACCGUGAGGUAGCCCCAUCCGAAGCUCCACCCAGUUACGAUGAAGCGAUCAUGUCAAGUAUGUGUGACCCUCGCGACAUUAGACAUCAGUUGGAAAGCUCUGGAGCAAAGGUGAAUGGAGAUAAACAUGGAGCAGAUUCACUGAUUCAGACAGUCCAACAGAUUAACACAGCUAAGGUGUUUGUGGCUUGCCUUAGCGAUGAAUAUGUCAAGGAUGAAAUUUGUCGUCAGGAGUUUCAGUACGCCAAAAAGACUGUCAAAAAACCGGUCAUACCAGUUGUUGUGGGAAGCUCGUUUGAUUGGAUGAUGACGGUUGUGGGACUUCUUAUUGCCGGUGAAAUUUAUAUUCACUUCAGCAACAAGGACGUGCAGGAAAGUAAAAUGACGGAGCUGUUGAAAGCUAUCAAAAAGAGUGUUCCUCAAGUAAGAGUUCCAGAUUCGAUGGGAAGUGUACAAGAAUUACAAAGUACUGAAGCUACCACAGAAAACAGGACUCUGGGCCCUGCUGACGUGUUUGUCAGUUACUGCUGGGUGAAUUCAGAAAAGGCGUACAAGUCCAAGCAGGUGAAGGACUUCAUUGGAUCGCAGUUUGCUGAUCCCAGGAAAGUCCAUGCUGGCCUGGCAAAGAACAACAGGUUCUCAUUAUGGAUUGAUACGGAACGACUCAAAACAACCAAUCAGAAUGAUGAAUCUUUAGGCAUGUUUGCACAGAUCGCGGAAGGACUUGGUAAAGCUAAAGUGGUGUUGGCGUUUGUUAGUAAGCAAUAUGCGAACAGCGAGAAUUGCCGAAUGGAAAUCCAGUUCGCCCUCAAGUCUCUGAAGAAACCGGUGGUUCCGGUGAUCGUGGGCGCAGAUAAUGACUGGCAGAGUACAGUGGUAGGGUUGUUAGUGGCUGGGCAGGAGAAUCAACCAAUCAACUUACAGGCCGUCGAUUCAGAGCAAGAGUUACAGCAAAAAAUACAAGAAAUUCAGGAUUCCAUUUUACCUUUGCUUGGUCUCAAGGAGGAAAUCAGAAGUUACCGUGCACCUGUUAUAGGUGAUCAUGUGAUCUCCCAUCACCAAAAAUGGGCUUACUUCCCGGCGAGCAUCGUGAGCUUUGACCGCGAGAGCAUGUCCUACACGGUGGACUGGGACGAUGGUGAUCCGACGGGGAAAGUUCAAUCUUACAAGGACGUGGCUAUUGAUAAGAUUCCAAGUGAAGACCAGGUUGGUGUGGACUCCAUCGUGUUAUUUCCCCAGGGAAGUUAUGGUGCUACUGAGGGCAACAACAUCGGAGGAAUGAGAUUCCAUCAAGGAAUCAUCACGCGCGUUUACAAGGAUUCUACUGGAGUGUGUAGAUAUGAGGGGCAUCACACCAAAGGAGAGGCAGAUGGAAAAUGGGUCACGUAUAAGGAUUACAAUUUUAACUUUUCUGGUAUACCUCUACAAAAUCUCCGAAUCUCUCCCAACGCCAUGGAUGCUCUUAUGGCCUGCCAGGAGGCCUUUAGUUGAGAAUUCUCUACAGUGUUAAUCACAAGUGUACUUCAAUAUCACAAAUUAAUGAAACAUAAUCGCUAUCGUAUCAAAUGGUGCAAUCGUAGUCUGUAAGCAGGCCCCUGAAAAAGAAAACGGCCGACGAGUGGAGCUAGCCGAGUGUGGUCUUGGACGAGCGGAGCGUGCCGAGUGCGGACUAGUGGAGAGGAAAAAAUGGCGAGGCAGCCUCCCGCGCUCGGCUUCACACGCCGAAUUUUUCCGCGUUCGCUGGGAGCCUGUUUAGAGACUAGUGCAAUAAGAAUUCAUGUGACUGGUGGCUAGUGUUUGACAGUAGCACACAGUCAAA